UAGCCUCAGGGCAGUUGCAAUUAGUGGGUAAUGAAGGAAUCUCAGGGUAGGAGCAAAUAAAAACUGAGGAGGAGGUAGAGGAAGGGUCUCUUUCUUAGCUGGGACUGUUGCUUGGCUGCUCUCUCUUGUAGCUGUGCUAUCGGAGUAAAUAAGCCUCUUCUUGCAAAUGCUGACCUCAAGCUAUGUAGUAAAUUCUAGUGCUAGCUAAACCUGUGCUGGGUGACUCACAGUGGUAUGUCACUUCUCAGUAUGAUGCUCCUGCACUGCUUUCACUGCAAGUACCACAAGGAAAGGCCAUCAGAUGCUAUCCUCUGGGUCUCAAUUUCAGCUGCGUGACCUAGGAUUGUGGUUGCUAUGGCAAUAAGGCAGCUUGUGAAGGAAGGAUUGAAAGCUUUGUUCUGCCAGCAAGACACAGUAUGGAAGCCAUUGCCAAGUUUGAUUUCAGUGCUUCUGGAGAGGAUGAAUUGAGUUUCCAGGCUGGGGAUAUGCUGAAGGUCUUGAGCUCCCAGGAAGAGUGGUACAAGGCUGAGCUCAGAAGUCAAGAGGGAUACGUUCCCAAGAAUUUCAUUGAUUUUCAUGUUCCUCCCUGGUUUGAUGAGAGGAUAUCCCGCCACGAAGCAGAGAACAUCCUCAUGAGUAAAGGAGUCGGCUCCUUCAUUGUUCGAGCCAGCCAGAACUCUCAUGGUGACUUCUCCAUCUCUGUCAGGCAUGAAGACGAUGUGCAACACUUCAAAGUGAUGAGGGAUUCAAAGGGCAGCUAUUACUUGUGGACAGAGAAAUUCCACUCACUAAACAAGCUGGUGGACUACUACAAGACAACUUCCAUCUCCAGGCAGAAGCAGAUCUUCCUGAAGGACAACAGCCAAGAAGAGAAGGAGAGGCGUGGUGGAAGCCUGGAACAGAUGGGCCGGGAAGGAUUCUACCUGGGAGGAGCAGCUAGAGAAGAUAAUUCUUCCACGUCCAAGAGAUAUGUAGAGCAUCCUAUCUCCAUGCUGCAGCAGCAACAGGAUAGAUAUGGUGGGAGUCUGGACAGGAAAGAUGGGCUGCAUGGACUAAGGGAUAAUGGCCAGGGAAGUACAUCAGCUAUGCAGAGGAGACACACAGACCCACCACACCAUCAGACACCGCGCACGCUCUGGGUCCGUGCCUUGUAUGACUUUGAUGCGCUGGAGCAUGACGAGCUGGGCUUCCGCAGCGGAGACAUCCUGGAGGUCCUGGACAGCUCCAACCCAUCCUGGUGGAAAGGACGUCUGCGUGGGGAACUGGGUCUCUUUCCUGCCAACUAUGUCACACCAAUGCUCUUGUGAGGGCACAGAAUGCCCUGGAGGGUCUGAUUGGAGCUGCUUUUCUGCCAUUCCAGGGACAGAGAGGGAGUACAUCUUUCCUGGCCCUCAGGACAUGAGGUGUUUUUGUUGUGUCUUAAUUUAUUGUCAGUUCAUCUUAUGAAAUGUUGAUAUGAAAAACAGCCCUUUGAAGAGGAUAGGAACUUAUUCCCUUUUCACAUCCAUAAAGAGGAGGGAGCAAAAUGUUUAGGCUAUUCCUUGAGACCUUGCUGGAUACUCCCAGCUCUAUCACUUCUUCGGUUAAGUAUUGAUAACAUUCUGCAAUUAGGUUUGUUCUGUGCACCUCGGACAAGUCAGGCUUCAGGUAGCCCUACUUCUUCCUUUUGGAUGUGGGAGCACUCACAGUCUCUUCAGGCUCUAUUUCACCUUUCUUUCAGAGGCAAGAGAAACAGUGAAUUAAGUUGUGACUGCUAAUUGCAUUAAUUCUGCAGGUGAGGAAGGAAAACGAGUGAGCCUUAUAUUGAGGUGCAAAGCAACCUUGACUUUUCUAGAGAAGCUGGCUUAGCCCUCUCCUACUUUCUGUGAGUAUGGUCUGUAUGCACACAGCAGCUGAAGGGAAAGGACCCUGUAAGCCUUUGUACAAACAAAACAGUGGUUAAGUUAUGGGAUGGUAAGAAGCUACUUUCUUUGCUCCUUCUGACAGUCCUGCUGUUCUUUCUGGACACUGUAACAACAACUUGCCCCAUUUUCAAGCUGUUCUCUGGGGUGCCCAGACUUCUGUUAGACAUCCUGGUUAGAGCAGGGCAGGACGUUCAGCUAAAUGAAUAUCCCCAGGACUGGGUAACAGUGACUAUCCCUCACUGGUUCCUUUUGUGAAACUGAACUGGGGAGGUGUUGGAGAGAAGAGGUUUUUCUGGUUUGGUGGCAGGAGCCUUCCCUGAGAAUGUGAGCUAUUCCUGGUUACUGUGUACACAACUGACUUGCUAGCAGAAUGCCUCAUCCAACAGGUCAAGCUGUUACUUCACAGCAUGUAGAGAAUAAAGUUGUGGGCACCAAAUA